CCAUGUGACCCCUUGUGAGUUAUCUCCUUGAAGGGACCCCAUUGCAGGAGUCUCUUCAUCACUCAUUCCACUUGAGAAUACUGGCCAUACAGCAUUUGCUCUAUAAAUAUACCUACUCUAUGGGUAUACAUCCAUCAAGUUUCAAAGCUUUCUUAUAUUCCGAACUCUUUGAAAUCCUUUCCCACCAUCAUUGUUUGAGAAACUAAAUUUGAAACUCAUGGCAAUCCGUUUUCAGAGGAUUAUUCCUGCCAAGCAGAUCCUGAGACGCAUUCUUCCAUCUCCGGAGUCCACGAAUGUGCCGAAAGGCCAUGUUCCUGUCUAUGUUGGAGAAACACAGAAGAAGAGAUUUGUGAUUCCAAUUUCAUACUUGAAGCAUCCUUCAUUCCAAAACUUGCUAAGUCAGGCUGAGGAAGAGUUCGGGUUUGAUCAUCCACUGGGGGGCCUCACUAUCCCAUGCAGAGAAGAAGCCUUCAUUGAUCUAACUUGCAGUUUGAAUUGCUCAUAAGGAGGAAAAUCUCAAAAUGGCCGGCCUCAAGCAAUCUCAUCUCUAACACCACUGACUCCAAAAUCCAGUCCCAUCAAUUUUGUAUCACUGAGAAAUAGGUCUUUUUGAAGUGUCAUCGAUGUACAUUUCUUCAAUAUUUCUGUAAAGCAAUUAGUUGACAGUCAAAUGUAUACAAGCCAAAAAGAUGUUACUUCAUUUUCUCA